UACGAGGGGAAAAUGGAGACUCCAAGUACUUCACCGCAAGUCAACAACCACGAUCGCGACGGGCUUGUCAGCUUCACUCUCCCUCCCACUUCCCCAAGUCGCGAACACCGCCCCAUCCGGAGCUGCUCCGGCUCCUCCUGCGGCGGCGGUCCCCUGCCUCCGCUUCCGCUAGGGCUCGCGCUCGCCGAUCCAGCAAUGGAAGGCCCAGGCCUGUCGAAGCCGGCCGCGCUCGUCGCCUGCUUUUCCUUGGCCCUUCUCUACGUCGCCACUCUCUACGCGCCCACCGUCGUCCUCCGUCUCCCUCCCCCCUCCUCCUUCAAGCGCUUCAUGAUCAGGCGCUUUGCCUGCGCCGCCGUCUCGUCUCUGGUCUCGGUCGUCGCGACCGCCCUCGUUCUCCCGGUAAGAAGAUGGGAGGUUUGUGAUUUGCUGGCUGUUUACGGCAUCAGAGGAGACCAUGUGUGGCAAGCUGUGGUUCUUCCUCUGUCGUUGACCUCUCUUAUGUACGGUGGGAGUUUGUCCCUCAAGUUGUUGUUAUGGGUGGAUUCAUGGAAGGAACAUCAGAAUUGCUUUUCCUUCGAGUAUAUCUACACUUCUUUGCAGUUUCUAUUCAGGUGGAUUCUCUCCGGGGCUUCGAAUAUUCUGGCUUGGCGUAAUUUCGUUGUGGCGCCAUUGACGGAAGAGUUGGUUUUUAGAGCAUGUAUGAUAUCCAUACUUCUCUGUGGAGGAUUCGAAAAGUCCAGCGUCAUUAUUCUGUGCCCGAUUUUGUUCAGCUUGGCACACUUGAAUCAUUUCAUGGAGAUCUAUAUGCAGCAAAACCGUCAAUUGAUAAAAGCUUCAAUGAUCAUAGGCCUCCAGCUUGGAUAUACUGUUGUCUUUGGUUCAUAUGCAUCAUUUCUGUUUAUCCGGACUGGACAUCUUCUUGCUCCGUUAGUUGCUCAUGUCUUUUGCAAUUUCAUGGGAUUGCCUGUGUUAUUUUCACGCGGUAAAGGAAUUGCAACUGCGGCAUUUGUAGCUGGAAUGAUGGGGUUUCUAUGGCUCUUUUUUCCUAUGACAAGGCCGGAUUUGUAUAAUGACCGAACUAACAAUUGUAGAUGUUGGCAUGCAUACUGUUCUUGGAUCUAAACUUUGUGAAGUUGCAAGUGUGAGAUACGUCUUCAGUGAGAGGUCGUUUCUAGGGAGAAUAUAUCGAAGAACUGAGAAAAAGGGAUGAAAACGGGGUGUCGGGUGAUGUAUUCACGGAAUCCUCUCUCGCCUGAUUUGUCAGAGGACAGAAAGGAAUUUCUCUGUUUUCCUCCAUGUAAGAGUCCAUCUGCUCGAACACAGUAGCCUGGCAGAUAUUAUCCUGAAGUCCUUUAAUCUGAUGCUGCCCAGCACUUGAGCUGAUUGUCUUUCAUGCCCCUCCUCAUGGACUGCUGCUGCCUGUAUAAUUUGUGUGCAUCACUGCCCUUGUUCUUUUCUCCCCUGGAAAUCAGAAGAGGAUGCUGGCGGAAUUUCUAUGGGGAUGACGAUCGAACAUUACCCAUCACAAAAAUCUGGGUUCCCUCGAAAGCAUCUCACGAAGAGGGUGUUAAUUUCUCUCCUGUCACUGCAUUUUUGUAUGGAUUUCUUUGGAAAAGUUCUUGCUAAGAUAAAGCCUUACUAAUGAUUUGAGUGGCAAUCAUUCAUAGCAUGUGACCUAAAUCCAGUUUGAGUAGAGCCUGUGGUAUGGCAUGAGGGGAUUUGCUUGAUGCGAAUUUACUCAUACCUGAAUGUUUCAAGAUAGAAAAUUUCUGUUUC